AAAUUUUCUACUUCCCCAAUCCCGGACGAGACUCUUCUUCACUGUCUUCCACAUGCAAAUUCAAGAUAUUUCUCACAAAUGAAUUAAAGAUUUUCCUCUCUUUCCCUUUGACUCCGCAACUUCUGGACUAAAUUCCACAUUCGUCUUAGCCUUCGUCAAAUUUUGGGAGAAGAAGUAGUUACUUGUUCGAAUCCAAUUCAUUCCGGGAAUAUUUAGGGUUUUACAGCUCGAAAUAAAUAGAAUCCGAUUCAAAUCAAAUUACACUAGAAAUGGGAACUUUUGUGCUCUCACUCGGACCCAAGAUAAUCCUAUCACCAUUUCCAUGCCAAACUAGAACCCUAGCCCCAAUUCCCACCCGGACCCAUUUCCGAAAUCUUCCACCUCACAAGCCCUUUCUACGGGGCACGCUGGGCGUGGCACGGUUCGGACUGGGUCAGGUUCCAUUUCCAGACCCGGAAGAUGCUGAGGUAGUAAUGAAGAACUUAUAUGCUCGAGUUGAGGGGGCCUUGUAUACUAUCGCUGAUGCUGCGGUUUCGGGUUCCCCGGAUACGGUUUCAGCUGCUGCUACUGCAGAGACGGCUAAACAGAAUAGUGACUGGCUCUCUGGAAUAACCAAUACGAUGGAGGCAGUUUUGAAGGUGCUGAAGGAUGGGCUUUCUACUCUUCAUGUGCCCUAUGCUUAUGGUUUUGCAAUUAUACUGCUUACUGUACUAGUAAAGGCUGUUACUUUCCCUCUGACAAAGAAGCAGGUGGAAUCUGCAAUGGCAAUGAGAUCUUUGGCUCCCCAAAUAAAGGCUAUUCAGGAACGUUAUGCUGGUGAUCAGGAGAAAGUUCAACUUGAAACUGCCCGCUUAUAUAAAUUGGCUGGCAUAAACCCAUUGGCAGGGUGUCUGCCAACACUUGCUACUAUUCCUAUAUGGAUUGGGCUGUACAGAGCCCUUUCUAAUGUUGCCAAUGAGGGACUCCUUACAGAAGGCUUCUUCUGGAUACCCUCACUGGCUGGUCCGACAACAAUUGCUGCUCGUCAAACUGGAAGUGGCACCUCUUGGCUUUUUCCUUUUGUUGAUGGUCACCCUCCUCUUGGAUGGUCAGAUACUUUGGCUUAUCUUGUCUUGCCUGUGCUGCUGGUUAUCUCCCAAUACAUCUCCAUCCAAAUCAUGCAACCACCACAGAGCAACGAUCCAAACCUGAAGAACUCCCAAGCAAUAACUAAAUUUUUGCCAUUGAUGAUCGGUUACUUUUCCCUUUCAGUACCUUCUGGUCUUAGCCUAUAUUGGCUCACAAACAACAUACUAAGCACUGGUCAACAGGUUUGGCUUCAGAAAUUGGGGGGUGCUAAAAAUCCAAUGAAGGAAUUAAGGGAUGAUACUGUCAGGAAAGAACAACCCGAAGUAUUGAAUUCUUUAUCUGAAGCACCUAUAGCUCAGAAGAAAGACGAAAACGUAACGUCAGGAGGGCCUCGUCCUGGUGAAAGGUUUAAGCAACUAAAGGAAGAGGAAGCUAGAAGAAGACGGCAAAGGGAGGAAGCAAAAAGGAUAGAAGAAGAGGCGGCUCGUAGAGAAACUAAUCUGACUGCAGGAGAAGACAAGGAAGAGGCUAGUUUAGUUGAGAGGGAAGUAACUAGUCGCGCCGUAUCACAUAAUGGAGAUUCAGUGUCUAACAAUAGCAACUCUACUCAUUCUGAAAAUUGUCGUGUUGUGAAUGGUGAAACUACUAGCCUGAAAUCAUCUAGUGAACAUUACAGUCGGAAUGACCAACAUCUUGAUGAAACGAUGGAAAAGGGAGAAGCUGUUGCCACAGAAAUGAUUGAUAAAGAACUAUCCAGCAAAGUACAAGACAAUAGUCAUGAGCAUUAAUAGAAUCCUCUGGGUGUUCAAGUCGAAGUCUUUAUAAUUGCACCAGUUCACAAGCUUUAUAUGGGCCGAGUUUGAUACUGGCUGCUGCUGGCACGAAGAAAAAUGCCAAUUCCCUUUUGCUAGUAUUCCCCAACAUUGGUUACAGGAGCCGGGUACUUGUACAUUUGCUGCAAUUUUUGAGACAAAUCGUGUAAAUAAUUUUUGUUGCAACCGACAUCUAAGAGGAUCAUUAAGUUGUUAUGAGGCUCUUUGUAAUUGUAGUUGGGGCUUGGGAAAAUGAUCAAAGAGUCCAUAGUUCCAUACACUAGUUGCUAUAAUGAAUUGCUUUACAACCACUAUUAUGUGUCUUGGCAUAUGUAGUUGAGGGAGGGAGAAGGUUGUCAGAUAGCAAGUUGAUGUAUACCAGACCAGAGUUUGAAUAACACAAAUUGGUUUUCAAUGAGUAUUAUAGUUUGGGAA